CGCGUCGUCGCACGCUUCUAAGAUCUGUGUGAGUGUUUGAUUGCUGCGCGCGGGCAGCUUCCCCAUUCGUUCGUCUAGGAUCAACUCGCUUCUCCUAGCAGCUCCGCUGGAGAUCGCGCGCGCGUCGCACGCAAAAGGCUCUUGUGUCACGAUCGGUCGUUAGUAGCUGUCAGUUGUCGUUUCACUUUCGUUCGGUUCGGCGGUUGGCACUCCAGAUUCCACCUGGUUCCUAGGUUGGCGAUUGAUGGCUUUUGGUUCCAGAAGUGUGUGAUUUGUGAUUCUUAGAACCAAGUGAAGACAUAAGAAUUUCGCAGAAGAUCGUCUGAAAGAGUUCUUAGACAUUGGAUUAAGGUGUUCGAGUGAAUUGACAACUCUCCCAGAUGUUUUCAGACGAGUGAUGUGAAGCCGAUGUGCGAAAAACAGAUGAAGUUGAUCAAUCAAAACCGUCGCGAGUGUGAAAAGGCUUGAAAUUGACCCAAAUCAGGGGAAGAGAAAACCGAAAAUCGAUCGAUUACGGCCCUCUAGGCGGCCUGAUUGGAUUUCCUCAGACGCAGUUUUUCGCCACUCGCGCCACACGGUGCUACACACUGAUGAAAACGCUUCAUAUGUGAUCUAUAAAGCAGAUUGAAGAAUCUGCACCACAGUGUAACCGAAUCGAAAAAGAAAAAAAAAAGUGAUCGUGAAGUGAUUUGGCAACGUAACACACAUCGCGCGAACAGCAAACUCGAUCCAACCUCCAAAACUAGGCUAAAUUAGUGCUGACAAGCGACCGCGCAGCGAGCAGCAGCGGUGACAACAAAAGGGUGGUGCAAGUUUUUUUUUUCCUAAAAUAAGUUUGUAAACCCCGUUCGACGAGCCCCGGACGACCACGCCGCGACAACACUGCACCGGUUGUGGUUGUGCCAGUGGUGGUGCUGAAGGUGUGCUGAAUUUCGCCGAAUACCACCGAUCAGCAGCAACCUCUCAAAAUGAGCGUCGCGGAAAACUUUACCGAUUUUUCGGCCGGAUCCCGGUACGUGUUCCAGAUGGCCGUGGAGGAGUACCACACCGGGCGGAACUGGUCCGGGCUGGUCGAUCGCUACUGGCUGAUCGUCGAGGAGCUGAUUGCAGAUCCUCGUGCCAAAAGUCUACCCUUCAUGGACAACCCGCUGCCCACGCUGGGAAUGAUGAUCUCCUACCUGCUGUUCGUGCUUUGGCUCGGCCCACUGUACAUGCGAGACCGGAAACCGAUGGACCUGCGGCGAGUUAUUAUCUUCUAUAACAUGUUCCAGGUGCUACUCAGCGGGUACAUGUUCUACGAGCACCUGAUGGCAGGAUGGCUGCGGGGGUACAGUCUCACGUGCCAAACGGUUGACUACGACGACGGGCCACUAUCCCGGCGGAUGUUCAACCUGUGCUACGUGUACUACCUCUCAAAGCUGUCCGAGUUCGCUGACACGGUAUUUUUCGUGCUCCGGAAGAAACAGUCCCAGAUCACCGAUUUGCACGUGUACCAUCACUCGCUGACACCGAUGGAAGCGUGGAUUCUUACAAAGUUCAUUGCCGGUGGCAAUGCGACUUUCCCGAACGUAAUCAACAAUUUCGUGCACGUGUUGAUGUACUUCUACUACAUGCUGUCGGCGAUGGGACCCCGCUAUCAGAAGUACCUUUGGUGGAAGAAGUACAUGACAGAGGUUCAGAUUAUCCAGUUCAUUCUCUGCAUCGCUCACUGCAUCAACGCUUUGGUAUCGGGCUGUCCGUUCCCACGGUUCAUCUCGACGCUGCUGCUCAUCAACGCCAGCAUCUUCCUGGUUCUGUUUAUGAACUUCUACAUUCAGAGCUACAAGCAUAAAGCUGCCAUCGCCAAACCCAUCGAAUCGUCCAAGGUACAGGAAGUUACCGAGGACAACAAACUAUCCAACGAAGAAACGACAACAACUACUACCGCAACUCUCACAGAAAUCAACAACAACUCCAUCGUAUCGGUGGAAUCGCUGCUGGAGAAAUCCGGCAAACCACUACCUCCUGCUGCUGAUCAGCAUAACACAGACAGCUGUGAACACAUGGAGCUGAGCUCCCCCGAAAACUGCCUAGACGAAACGAUAACCGACAUCAGUUUGCAAACCGAACUGCCCAAGGAUGUGAUAGAAUCGACGGAAGGACUCCGCCAACGGAUAGUAACGCUCGAAGAGCUUCAACUCGUGCCAGAACACCCGAGUCGGGUCGAGGAGCUGGCGAAAUAGUUCACCCCGCUUUAGGACCCUAGGUUAAUUAACAAUUUCGGUUUAGCUUUCGUUUUCGAAAAUGCUGCUGCUAUGAAGAGAUGUAUGUAGAAAGGUUCAGUCUUGGGCAGGAGAUGUGGUCCAGCCGGCCAAAUUCCCAAAAUCGGAGUGUCUUCCGCAAAACCCGAACCAUUCCAUCCAUGUAGGUCAUAAUGUUUCUAGUCUGUAGAAAUUUCGUCAAAACCGUACCGUGUAGGAAAUACGUAGUGUUUAUACUUAAAAAGUUUACUUAACCUGCAUUGCAUUAAUAGAGGCAUUCCCUCUGGCUACCGAACCCAACUGAAUAUUGCUCAAGUUUCCCGCUUCCGUUCAUAUUGCAUUAAAUCAAUAGAAAAUCUUAUCAAGAAACAUAAAAAAAACGCGAUGUACAUCUUAGUAAAGAGUAACUGAACUGAGCCAGCGCCACGACCAAUGAAGAGGACGAAGAAGUCGAACAAACAAAUCGUUAUCUGAGGACAAUUUCCGACGCUGGAAAAUGCUCCCACCAGACGGAUGGUUGUGCAUUGUGUUAGAAUAAGUUCAAUAAAAAAAAGUGAAAAAAAAAUCAAUCACGAUGAACAUACUUUGAUAAGUAUUUAAAAUCAACGUAUGAUCAGUUUUAGGAACAGAAGAUUGAAGAAGAGGAGGAUUGAGCGAACGGUUGUAUAAUCAAAAUUUGGUGUAUUUAUAUCCUAGCUGAGCAUCAUGGGCAAGCCAUGAUUGAAGACUAGGCAGAUGCAACCUUGGGAAGCCUUUGUAGUGAGAAUUUUUCUAAUUGUAGAAAUAUGAAAAUACAUAGUAUUCAAACGAAACGAUGAAAUAAAGUGUAAUGUAAAACAAACUGUCUGAUAUUUUUA